AGCGUUCAGCGUUCUGUUUGAACAUUCAAAUUGUCAGUCCUUGUAGUUUCUAACCUAAAUAGUGUACAAAUAUGCUAAGUAUACCGGUAAAACAAAUAUUAGCUGCAUAAGUAACUCAUUUAAAAGAACUUUUUCAUUAGGUUUAUAACAUACUGUAAUGACUACUACAGUAACUCCUUACUGGAAGCGGUUGUGGCGCUGGGUGUCAUCGCAAAGCCUUACAGAAGAGGAAUUAGUGUCCAUCUUAGACAAAAAUGUUGUGCAAGCUUUGUUGGAGGGCCUUGCAAGCUAUAAGCCACUUAAAACAGAAUCAUACUCACUGCUACAGUCUAAGUACCCUGAACAAACUAAACUACUUAGUGUUGUGCAAACUUUACAAAAUUAUAUAGAAAUUGAUUGUUUUCAAAUAUGGGAUGUCUUGAAACAUUAUCUAUGUGAUAUAUCCUAUGGUACCCCAGAUAAUGCACUAAAAAAUGUAGCUUUUGUGGAUACAAGACCUUCAUUUCUAUUACCAACUGCUUGGAACUUUUAUUUUUGUGAAAGAUUAUAUCUCUUGAAACUUUUACAGUACAUCAUUCAGUUUCAUAAUGAUACUAGUCAUAAAUAUCAUAAACAAUUUGUUAAAAUUAUCAAUAAUAUUGGGAUUGAACCCUUAAAGACAUCCCUAAUUAAUCAAUUUGAAAAAUUAUUGACUGCAACACCGCCACCUAGAAAGAUACAAGGAGACUUUGGCAGCGAAUCUGUUAGACAAGAAUGGGCUGAGUCAAAUUUAAGAGAACAAUUGUCUAUCCUACAGAAUCUUAUGUUAAUUGCCAAUGACAAUCCUUAUUCAGAACAGGAGUUCAUCAAUUUGUUCAAACUAUUUAGAAAACAUAAUUUUGGAAAAAAUCAAGGAUUUAAUAUAUUUUUAGAAGAGAGACAUAGAGAGACAUGUUUGAAAAUGAUGUAUAUGGAAGUUGGAAUUAUUACUAUAAUAUUAGAUAAAGAUAAAAUUAAGAAUAUAUCAAGCUGGAUAGAUAAGACCAAGGAAACAGUUGAAGGAGAAUUAACUAAAUUGGAACCAAGCACGGAACACAGCCUGAUGCUGAUAACAUGGAUGAUGUUAACAUUACAGAGUGAAUCUCAUGCAAAUUUGUUUGAGAGUCAGUACCAGCACUUUGGAGCAACAGCAUUAAAAAUGAAGGUUUUCGUGUUCAUGCAACAAAUGCUCAAUAGUUCAGUAUUCUCUGAUAACUCUAAAUGUUCACUCAUUAUCCGUCAACGACUGUUCUGCCUCUUAAAUGAACUCUGUGAUAAGUUUGAUGGAGACGGAACUUUGAGUAACCAACCUGGCAUAAUGUUUCUAUGCGCUGAACUCCUCAAAACACCAUGCCUUGCUGAACAAUUCUGGGCCUUGUAUCAAAGAGAUGAGCAGUAUGGUGUUGUUUCACUUUGGAAUACAGCAUUGGAAUAUUUCCCUUAUAAUUUCCAUGCACUCUCAAUACUUUCAGCUGGAUUAGCAGAAGCUAAAACGGAUAGUGUACUAAAUCUAAUAGCACAACUUAAAAAUUUACCUGUUUAUAGUGAAAUAUAUAAUCCUAACUCUGUUCCAAUAAUGUCGCUACAAGCAGACGAUGCUGUUAUUGGACGCGAAUACUUCCCUUUAGGUGACGAAUCUUAUCGUAUCGAAAUGGGUUCGAAAGCGACAGUGAUGGAGAGAAAAGAAGGUACGAUGAUACAUUUCCGUACCCCAUACUCCUAUUGGACAAUUUUUAAUAACGAGAUUGAAAAAGUUUUGGAUCGUAAACAAAGCCAUCAAAAUAUAAACGUCACGUUAGAGAGAGUGUAUGAAGGAACUAAAGUAUUAAAAGGUGUCUUAAAAGCAUUAGCCAUAAAAAAAGAAAUUCCAAAAAUAUUAGUUGGUCCAAGUGAAGGCGUGUUUGACGUUUUGGUUCGAUUCAUGAGAUCAGAGUCACCGCCGUUACAACUAUUGAUCGAAUGUAUCGAAGUUUGCACGAGUUUGAUUCAAGUAUUUCCAAAAGAAGUCCAUUUGAGACUCAUAAACACAGGUCUCCUACCGCGUAUUAUUAACCAUCAAUUAACUCACGUAGAGUAUGCUAACGGGGCAUCUUUGGAUUCGGCAGCAGUCGGUUCUUACUUGGUGACCAUUGAACAGCCAAGUGGAACUUAUGGCUUUUUAGGAGCAUACAUUGACUUGCUGUGUGCCUUUCUAGAGGCUUCAGACGAUGAUCGUAUCAUAACAGAAAUCUUGCUGCCAGGUCUAGUGCUUAUGAUACGUGAAAUUUUUCCCAAUGUAUGUGGGUGGCGUUAUAGCAACACUGCUGAACGACGACAACUCUUACAGAGAUGUGCUAGAUUAUUUACUCUAGUACUUGAACAAACUAGCACUAAAGCUAGCACGACAAUGUUAAGAAAGACUUGUGUGUACAGUCUCAUGUAUACAGAGAAUGCCUUGGAGCUACUGAAGAUUGUGUCAAUUGGUAAUGACCAGUUGGAGCGCCUAAUUCAAGAAGACACCAAUUGGAUAUCGGGCCCUGGUUUCCAAUACACGUCUACUCUACAACGGUGUCUUGCAAUAGUUAUGUUUGUACUACGACAGAAAACGCUGGUCAAUGAAUCGAAUGAGGUUACUCCUCUAGAACGUCUCAUAUUUGCACAAAAUAAACAGAAAGAUGAGUUAAAAGUCGUACCAAAAGUUACGAGUUAUAUCAAUCAUUCAUUUAAUAAAAGUCUAUCGGUGCUCAGCUGUCGUCUAUUGAAAAGAUUUGCUGAUGGCUUCCAAAUGUCAUUGUUUUCUUCACUAGACAUGACAGCUUAUCAAGUACGAGUAAUGUUCCUCGAUCGUCUUCGUGAUGAAUAUGAAACAAUCGAUUUAAAGAUAGCCAUUUUGGACUUUGUGACAACAUGUGUUGGCAAACAACCUGGUCUCACUGAGGCUUUCUUUAUGAUGAACCAUGAAAAUUCUAAGGUUGAAGAAGCCACUAAAGAAAAAGAUGAAAAAGAUGUCAAAACUAAAACAGAGCCAGAUGAUAGCUUCGAAGGUAUCCUUGGAUAUAUGGCUGAUUAUCUUGGAACUGUUAAAGCUGAUUCUAAAUUUCUUCAUAGCCCUUUACUGGCAUGUAUUAUGGCUUUAUUCCAUGCCUUGUGGAAAAACAAUAUGCAAAUCUUAGUAAAGAAACUUCGAGAGCAUCCGAAGUUUUGGGAACACAUGACUAGUCCACUUUUCAGUCAAAUUCAACCAGGAUUGAGAACUUAUAGUCAAAUAUUUAACGUUCUUGGAAUCGAAUUAUUUAUUUCAAGAGGAAAACUCGAGUCAAAUUUAAAGGAUAUGUUAGAAUUAUUCUUCGAUACGAAUAAAACACAUUUGGAUACUUGGAUUGAAUAUAUAUUCUCUUUAAAAGGUAGACAAAAUGAGACAGAAGUAGUCGACAAGGUACCCGUGUGGUUGGGCCUCCUCACAUCGUGGAAAGACUUCACAACGAUCUUCUGUAAAUGCUUACCAAUAAGUUUAAAUAUCGCACACAAGGCAAAAAUGGUAGCACCGUGCAUGACUGCUUUAUUAAACGAAUUAGAUGAUCUAAAAGAUGGAAGGCUUGUUGUUAUUUUAGCUGAACUCUACGUUAUUAUGUUAGCAAAUUGGAAAGAUGAUUGUUUCGAUAACCGAAAAACUAGUGCAAAGCAAGUGGAUAACUUGUUGACGAAUACAGCUAUUGUCUACGAGUGUCUGCAUCCAAGAGCAUUACGUUCGAUAUUGUCUAUUGGUACAGUUGCUAUUAGCAGCUUAGAUUACGAAAUAAAGGCGAAUACUGUUCUAGCUCAGAGUAUCAUACGUUCUGUUACUAAUAUAAAUAGUUUAGAACUGGAAAAAUUGUUCGAUGAAAUAAGAGAUGAUAAGAAAAUGAAUAUAAAACAAAAUAACCAAAGUGAAGAUAUACCGCCCAUUGUCUUGUCACUAGCCAUGCUCGAGCAGUGUCUGGAUUUAUACGAUGAUAUGUUUUCUGGACUCUCACAGUGGUUCCAAUCUACGAAGUUUAUAAAUAAACUACUUUGUUGUCUUCAAGUUUGCUUGCAGAACAAACAAUACUAUCAAACGUCUUUGGCAGCGUUGAGAUGUUUGACGGCGUAUUCGAGAGGUCCGUUCUCAAAAGAUCUGCUGAUGAGCGAUGUAGAUCGAUUCCUGUGGAUGCAAUUGUUACCACCGAAGUUUGAAACGAAUUCGAAUGGAAAUGGAAACGGAUUAUGUACUUGGAAACAUCAAGAAUGGUGGCGAGUCUACGGUUACGGCUUGGAUUUCAUAUCGAUGAUGGUGAUGAAGCAUGGUCAAUUCUUCGCCGGUGACGCUAUUACUUUUGUCGGAGUUCACUUGGAGCACCUCAUCGAAUCCCUGCUACUGCCGCGGCAAGUGUACAACAUAGACGCGCUCAAUUUAUGCGCUUCUACACUCAACCUCAUCGUCCAGCUAGUCAAGUUCGAGGCGAGGUGGCGAACUCAAAACAUCAACUCCUUAAUCGGGACAAUGCGCAGCACGAGCGCGUGCCUGCAGCAGUGCGUGCUGCUGACGCUGCGCGCGCGCCGCUCGCCCGACCUCACGCCGCAGCCCGACGAGCUGGCGCCCGCGCCGCCCUCGCCCGCCGCGCUGCAUCGAAUUCUAGAAAUUCUUCACAUGGCGACGCUCUGCCUGCUUUCGUUUAGUCCAGACUUGCUGUCCUUGCUGGCCGAUCCGGAGUUGGACACUGAACGCUGGCAGCCGAUCGUCGAGCUACAUUUUGGAGCUCCAAAAAUAACCUACGAGCAGUUCCCUCAACUCACAUUCGGAACGAUCCUACCCGCGAUUUGUUUGCUGACUAAAUCGUUGAACCAUGCGUACCACUCGGAGGAGGUGAGCGGGGCGCGGUCCCCGCGCGGGCGGCGCCGCGCGUGCUCGUGCAGCGCGGGCGGCGCGGGCGCGGGCGGCAGUCCGGGCGCGGCGCGCGCGGGCCGCAGCGAGUCUGCGGGCAGCAUGUCGUCGGCCGCCAGCGCGCUGCCCGUGCCCAACGAGCGCCUCGUGGCCGGCGCGCUCGAAGCCACCAUAACGCUGCUCGCUUCGCAGGCAUUGUUGGCUGUUCGCGAUCCCCAUGUUCCCAUGCGACACAAACAACUACUACGGCGAGAACUUGCAUCUGAACUCACCGUUUUUCAUGAUUUUGUGCGCAAACGUAUCUUGUGCGCGGCCCAUACGCGUCCGCAUCUCAUUCGUAAUAAGCUAGGAGCGUGGCCGUUGACAACAAAUGAGGAGGAGAUUAAGAGAAUAGAGGAAGCAAGGAAAGAAAAACACCCAUGUCUCAGCGAAGAUAAUGACAGAGAACUGCCUCCACCGCCACCUCCGAAACGAUCAACUCAUGACUCCAUGCGCGAGUACAUUUUGCGAAAACAUUACUUAGAUAAAUGUGCACAAACUCCAACCAAGGACCCGCCGUCACCUGUAUCGCACUCUACUCCCACGUCUGAUAAGAAAAAAGAAAUUUCACGAAGUUCAAAGCGGGUCUCGUGGGCUGAUACUACGAGAGACAGCGAUGAUACUCUCGAUAAUUCGCAAGAGAUCGAACCAAUAUACUCAAAUUUAACGGAUGUGCAAAUUAAUAAUGAUGAAGACUAUUUUCAUUUUAUGUCUAUUGUAUUUCUCUAUAUUUGUCAGUCUGAAUUAUAAUUUGUAUGUAUGUUAUAAAAUAUAAGCUUACACAA